UAGCCAUUCAGGAAUCCAUCACUUCAUUCACCCCAGCCAGAUAGUCAUGCCGCCCUACGUCUUCCCGCCGACCCAGACGAGCCUGGUCUCGUUUUCCUCGCUCUUCACCGACCCCACGAGCUCGAGGUCGUACACGGUCCACCUGACCGAUGCUACCGAACAUCGGAGCCGUUUCCGGGACGCCCUCAAGGCUUAUAGCAAUAGCAAGGGAGAUGGAGAACUACUUUCUGUCGUCGAGACUGCUCAGUCGUACUUGCCAUUGUUGACCGGGUUGAUCGGGAGUCUGGACGAGGAUGACAUUCUCACAAAGUCCGAGUUGGCCAUCAGCUGGAAGUCCCCCUUGACACCAUCAGCAUCAUCGAUCAACCUCUGGGCACUCGGUCACGAACUCAUCUUCGUGCUCGUAGCCCUCGCAGCGAGCCUAAACAACCUCUCCCAAUCCCUCAUUCAAUCCGCUUCGACCACCUCAUCCUCUUUAUCUUCAAAUUCGACUCAAGUCAUGACCUCUUCCAUGGAAAAACGUCAGAUCGACAACCUCUCCAACGCCGCGGACCAUCUCUGCCGAGCCUCCGGGGUGUUCGAGACGAUAGCCAACCAGUUGAUCCCCAGUUGGGAGGGACAGCUGGGGGAGCUAGUUAUCGGGGACGAAGUUGAUGCCGAGGGUGAUCCCGACGUAAGACCGAUCAUGGGGAGGAAGAUGUCCAAGAUGAACCCGUUGAAAGGGUUGAGCCUGAAAGGGGCUGGGGUUUCCGGAGGUGGGAAGGGGAAGGGGAAGAUGCCGCUCGAAUGCAAUGUCGAGGUUAUCAGGGCAUUGGCUAUGAUGACGCUCGCCGACGCAAACGCCAUCGCCAUCCUAAAACUCCUCUCCCCCUUCCACCCCUCCAUAACCCUCCAGACGACCUCUCUCCCGCUACCCAAGGGCCAUCCACCUCCAGGCCUGCUAGCCAAACUCAACCUGCACGUCGCCUCGCUCUAUUCGGGCGCACGUAGUCUCCUGAAAUCAAACGGCCAGGACAUAGACCGCCCGCUAUUAGACUACCUCAAAAAGGAAUCCGGCUUGGCGGAUAUCCGAGCUCGGAAGUGGUUAGGCGUGGAAGCCGGAGAGACUCCCGGAGGGAGCAAGAUCGGACUGGCUCUGGCCUGGUUGGAGGACGCUGCGAAACGCUUGAGGGAAUUACAAUCGGGUGGACAGGUCGGAGGGGGCAAGACGAGCGGGUUCAAGGAGAAGAUGAAGGGUCUCAAGUUGGACUCGGGCGGGAGGGAGGAGAGGAAAGAGAGGAAGGGAAGGUUGGGGGUCGAAGAAGCCGAUAUCGAGGCGUUUACCAAGCUCUACAAGCAUAUGAACCAGACGGUACACUUUCAACCGAUCCCUCUCGCAUCGACCCUCCAGACGCUCUUACCAUCCGGUCGACCCGUACUCGCUGCCAAACCGUUCACUAUGCCGCGUCCGGCGUUCGGACCCGGGUCGGUGGGGUAUGUCACCAAGAAAACCUCUCCUCCUGUCAUCGCGGACGAUACGAGUACUGUCGGGGAUGCCGAGGAGAUCGGCGCGGUCAAGGAGAAGGAAGAGGAGGAUGCGACUGGGGGACUGGCAGUAUGGGGUAAAUCUCAGGACGUCGGGACGAGGAGAACAGACUACUUCUAAGCAGAUGUGCCAAAUCGGCGAUUGUCAUUUGGCCAUCAGUUCGAAACUGCCAACUCGUAUGAAAAGCUCAACAACAUCAUUACGGAUGACUGGCAUGUGGCGCGAUAUAGCCUGAUCAUGGUCAUAAUGAGAAACGAUGAAACGCUCAGAUGUGAUUGAAGCAUGCAUAUUUCCAGAACCAAAGCAAGUCCCUCUAUGCCAAGAAGUAUUCAUGGAACCUUGAACUACCG